GUUGUAUUAAAACAUACAUACACUAGCUAUAUCUCCUACAUUAAACUCCUAACAUUAACAAACGCUUCCUAUCUAGCUAGAUCUUGAGAUGGCUUUGAAUUGGGGACCCGUGUUAAUGUCGGUGAUUUUUUUCAUCGUAUUGACUCCCGGAGUAUUGUUUCAGGUUCCGGGGAAGACCAAGGUGGUUGAAUUUGGCGGGUUUCAGACAAGCGGUGCAGCCAUUGUUAUUCACACACUCAUCUUCUUUGCAUGCAUCACAGUCUCCCUUAUCGCUCUUCAUAUCCACAUCUACGCUGCCUAGAGAAUUUGACAUUGCAACUUUUGGCCAUCAUUGAUAGCUGCAUCCUUAAUUAUAUGUAUGUCCUGUCUUUUUGUUAUUGUUUUUGGUCAUCUUUGAUUUCCGAUUCUCAGUUAAGUACUUGUACUGGAAUUACAUUAUUGAAUCCCUUUUCGUUAUUUUUCCUGCUAGUAUCAUCCAUAAUUAUAUCA